AUGGAUCACUUGCGCGUGUUUGGUUCGCACGGCUACGCUCACAUUGACGAAGUGAAACGGACCAAUCUGGAACCCAAGAGCUUCAAGUGUAUGUUUCUCGGCUACGCAGAGAAUUUCAAGAGCUAUCGCGUGUUUGACUUGGAGAAUGCCAAGAUCAAAGUGACUCGCUCUGUGAAGUUGGAUGAGCGUGAGGUGGGCGGCAUUUACGACACGCAAGAGGUCAAGCCGGAACGAAUCAUUCAAGAAAUGAAGGAUGGUGAUGAAAUCAAGGUUCAGCAUCAAGUGGAUCGACAGCCAGUUCUGGACGAUCCGAUAGAAGCUGUCGAAGAGCCAGUUGCGGAUGUCAAAAUGGAGGAUGACGAAGAGUCGACAGAAGGCAGUGAAGGUCCACCUACUUCGAAACGUGCUAGGAUUGACGAGGAUGGACUCAUUGUAGCAGCUGUUCUUGCCUACGCUGUUAGCAUUGACGAUGUUACGGACCUACCAACUACGUAUGCUCAAGCAAUGGCAAGCGACGAUGUGAUGAAAUGGCGUGAAGAAAUGGAUGCUGAGCUUCGCUCGCAUGAAUAA